CAAGAUUUUUAAUAUAUAUUCUACCAAAAACCAAACCCAGGAUUUUGUUUCUUCAACUUCUCUCUUUCAUGCAUAUAUAUGAAGCUUGAAGCUUGUUUCUUAUGAGCUAUUGAGAAAAAAAGAAAAAGAACCAAAAAUUGUCUCUUGGGUCGCAGCCAAAUUCAAGAAAAGAUUCAAAUUCAAAGAGGUGAGGAUGAUUAAAGGUUUGCUGUUUCAACAAGAAGAAGUAGUUCAGGCCAUGGAGGAAAAUUUGUCAAAUUUAACUUCAGCUUCCGGUGAAGCCAGCGCCUGCUCCGGCAACCGGGCCGAUCAGCUUCCGGCCAACUAUUCCGGCCAGUACUUUUCCGCCCCACCGCCCCCCAAGAAGAAGAGAAACCUCCCCGGGAAUCCAGACCCGGAUGCGGAAGUAAUAGCGCUAUCUCCGAAGGCGCUAUUGGCGACAAACAGAUUCUUGUGCGAGAUCUGCAACAAGGGGUUUCAGAGGGAUCAAAAUCUUCAGCUGCACAGGAGAGGGCACAAUCUGCCAUGGAAGCUGAAGCAAAGAGCAAACAAAGAGGUGAUAAGGAAGAAGGUUUAUGUGUGCCCAGAGACAAGCUGUGUGCACCAUGACCCAUCAAGGGCAUUGGGGGACUUGACUGGAAUCAAGAAGCACUUUUGCAGAAAGCAUGGUGAAAAGAAAUGGAAAUGUGAUAAGUGCUCCAAGAGGUAUGCAGUUCAAUCAGAUUGGAAAGCACAUUCUAAGACUUGUGGCACCAGAGAGUACAGAUGUGACUGUGGAACCCUUUUCUCGAGGAGGGAUAGUUUCAUAACCCACAGAGCUUUCUGUGAUGCAUUAGCAGAGGAGAGUGCAAGAGCCAUUACAUCAUCAUCACCACCAAACCCAAUCCUCCUAAUGGCCAAUCAAAACCCUCCACCUCUAAUCUCUCACUUAAACACCUUCCAAAACCAUCCCCAUUUCACCCCUCUAGACCACAUCCCCUCAUUUCCCCUCAAAAAAGAACCACCACUACAAAACUCAAGCAAUUUCAUCCCCCCUUGGCUUGAUGAUCAUCAUCAUCAAAACAACAACAACAGCAACAAUGGUGUCCCCACAAGCACUUCUCUCCACCUUCCUUCUCCUCACAUGUCAGCCACAGCGCUUCUCCAGAAAGCAGCUCAAAUGGGCGCUACCAUGAGCAGCAACAGCAACAAUCCACCUGCUGAUCAGUCCAUUACAAGCUGUAAUUUUGGGCUUCAUUUGUCCUCCUCCACUGCCACUGCUGCUGCUGCUGCUGCAGCUCUGCCACCCUACAGGAACAGUUUCUGUGAAGACGCGUUUGGUGGGAUUUCAAGAGCAGCUGCAGCGGCUGAAGAUGGUAAUUUGAGUACUAGAGAUUUCUUGGGGCUCAGAGCCAUUUCCCACAGUGAGUUUUUGAACAAUAUUGCAGCUUAUAGUAACUGCAUCAAUGUGGCUCAGACGACAACCAAUUCCCAAACUCAAAUUCAAAAGCCCUGGCAAGGUUAGAUCCAUUAUGGGAAUACAUAAUAUACAUAUAUAAUAUAUAUAUGUAUGUAUGUUUGAAUUCUUGGGUUUUGUUCUGAUUGCAUUUUUAAGGGUCCUUUUUCCUAAGGGGAAAGGACCACCACUUCUUGAAUUAGGAAUUUUUGGAUCGUAUUUUUCUGUCUUCUUUUUUUUUUUUCUUUUUGUAUUUAUGGCUAUAUAUAUUAUGUAUAUUUCAAUGUAUGAUCAUAGUUCUUAGUUAUAUGUCAUGUGUCUUUUGAAUCAAGGAUUUUUUUUUCGGGAAAAUAUUGGGCUCCUCACUAGUAAGGAGCAAUUUUGUCGUUACCACCAUUCAAUAUUUGAUAAUUAAGAGAAAGAAAUGCAAAAAC